CGAGAGAGAGAGAGAGCAAGAGAGAGAGAGAGAGAGCGUUUUUUUCCCCCCUCCGCUGUGUUUCCCUACUCCCGUCUCUACGGGCAGACAGAAGAGGGCUGGAGAGCAGAGGAGAAAGACGUAGGCACAGCGUAGCGCAGCACAGCUCACCGCAGAAGGGAAGCAACUCCGUAAAAGAAAGAGAGAAAGACAAGAGUGGGAGUUUUUUGUUGGUUGUCGCCUUUGUUUUUAGCUAAGAAGUGAAAAGACCAGAUAACGGACUUGGAUCUCUUCUUCUUUUAUUUCCAACACAUCUAUUCAUCAACUCCCAGUGGACUUCAUUAUUCACAUUUUCUCUCCCCCCUCCUUUAAAUCACAUUUUAAUUUAUUUCUCUCUGUUUGUUCUUGGUUUUUUUCCCCAAACAUUUUUUUUGUAGUUAUUGUUGUUUGCUGUUGUUGUUAUUCUUGUCUGCCGUUUUAUCUCACUCUUGUGGAGUGAGUCUUUGUGCAGACCAGCCACUCAGACACUGGCAACAGAAGCAGCAGCAGCAGCAUUGCUGUUCAGAAGCCUCUGUCAGAAAACUGACUCCUUGUCUGAUCUGUCUGUCUGACUGACUGACUGACUGACUACCUAGCAAACCGUCUUGCCGAACAGACAACUGAACUGGGAAACCAGUGAGUGAGGGCACUGAGUGAGCCACACACACCGCUUGGAGAGAACCAGAGGAGAGAACCAGAGGAGCAAAAAAAGAGGCUGGUGCUGGAGCGGAUCAUGUCCAGGAGCCGACUCUGUGGAGGGGCUGCCUCCGGUGCAGCCUUGGCCGUGGCCGGGGGGCUGGUGGUCAGGGCAGGGCUGUGGAGCCUGCUGCUGUGUGGUGCCCUCCUGGCGGGCUCUGGGGCAGCGGACGCCUGCCCGGCUCUCUGCACCUGCAGCGGCACCACCGUGGACUGCCAUGGACUGGGGCUCAAAACCGUGCCCAGGAAUAUACCCAGGAACACGGAGAGGCUGGAGCUGAAUGGGAAUAACUUCACACGCAUCAACAAGAACGACUUCGCUGGCCUCAAGUACCUCCGAGUCCUGCAGCUAAUGGAAAACCAGAUCGGCAGCAUCGAGCGCGGAGCCUUUGAUGACAUGAAGGAGCUGGAGAGACUGCGUCUGAACAGGAACCAAAUGCAUCAACUCCCCGAGCUUCUGUUUCAGAAGAACGCCGGUCUCUCCAGACUGGAUCUGAGCGAGAACUUCAUCCAGGCCAUUCCCAGGAAGGCCUUCAGAGGAGCCACCGAUAUCAAGAACCUGCAGCUGGAUAAGAACCACAUUGGCUGCAUAGAGGAUGGGGCAUUCAGAGCACUCCGAGGCCUGGAGGUUUUGACCCUGAACAACAACAACAUCAGCAGUAUCCCGGUCUCCAGUUUCAACCACAUGCCCAAGCUGAGGACCUUCCGUCUGCACUCCAACAACCUGAACUGUGACUGCCACCUGUCGUGGCUGGCCCAGUGGCUGCGGCAGCGUCCCACCGUGGGCCUCUUCACCCAGUGCUCCAGCCCCCCCGAGCUCCGGGGACUCAACGUGGCGGAGAUACAGAAGCACGAGUUCUCCUGCUCAGGUCAUGGUGAUAACGGCGGUGCCCCGUCCUGCAGCCUGUCGGCCGGCUCCUGUCCCGCCAUGUGCACCUGCAGCAACAACAUCGUGGACUGCCGAGGCAAGGGCCUCACCGCCAUCCCCGCCAACCUGCCCGACAGCAUGGCCGAGAUACGUCUGGAACAGAACGGCAUCAAGUCGGUCCCUCCUGGAGCCUUCUCCCCCUACAAGAAGCUGAGGAGGAUAGACCUGAGCAACAACCAGAUUUCAGAGAUCGCUCCCGACGCCUUCCAGGGCCUGCGCUCCCUCAACUCACUGGUCCUGUAUGGGAAUAAGAUCACGGAGCUUCCAAAGGGAGUGUUCGACGGCCUGUACGCCUUGCAGCUGCUGCUGCUGAAUGCCAAUAAGAUCCACUGCGUGCGGGCCAACACCUUCCAAGACCUCCAGAACCUCUCGCUGCUCUCCCUCUACGACAACAAGAUCCAGACUCUAGCCAAAGGCACCUUCGCAUCGCUACGCGCCAUACAGACCCUCCACCUGGCCCAGAACCCGUUCAUCUGCGACUGCAACCUGAAGUGGCUGGCCGACUACCUGUUUGAGAACCCCAUCGAGACCAGCGGUGCCCGCUGUGCCAGCCCGCGACGCCUCGCCAACAAGCGCAUCGGCCAGAUCAAGAGCAAGAAGUUCCGCUGCUCUGCCAAAGAGCAGUACGUCAUCCCAGGUACGGAGGACAGCCGCCUGAAUAACGAGUGCAACAACGAGCCUGUGUGCCCUCCCAAGUGCCGCUGCGAGUCCAACGUGGUGGACUGCUCCAACCUGCGCCUCACCAAGGUCCCCGAGCACAUCCCAGCAUCCACCACCGAGCUGCGCCUGAACAACAAUGAGAUCACCACUCUAGAGGCCACUGGAGUCUUUAAGACCCUCAUGCAGCUCAAGAAGAUUAACCUGAGCAACAAUAAGAUCACGGAGGUGGAGGACGGUGCGUUUGAAGGGGCCUCCUCUGUAGUGGAGCUGCACCUGACUGCCAAUCAGCUGGACUCAGUACGCAGCGGCAUGUUCAAAGGCCUGGAAGGACUACGCAUGCUGAUGCUGCGUAACAACCGCAUCAGCUGUAUCCAUAACAACAGCUUUACGGGUCUCUACAACGUGCGGCUGCUGUCCCUCUAUGACAACCAGCUGACCACCAUCUCCCCAGGAGCCUUCGACACGCUGCAGACACUCUCCACACUGAAUCUGCUGGCCAACUCCUUCAACUGUGACUGCCGGCUGGCAUGGCUCGGGGACUGGCUGCGGAGCCGCAAGAUUGUGACGGGGAACCCGCGCUGCCAGCGGCCGGCCUUCCUCAAGGAAAUACCGCUACAGGACGUGGCACUGCCAGACUUCCGCUGUGAGGAGGGCCAAGAGGAGAGCAGCUGUGUCCCUCGCCCCCAGUGUCCUAGUGAGUGCACCUGUCUGGAGACGGUGGUCCGCUGCAGCAACAAGCACCUGAAGGCCCUGCCCAAAGGCAUCCCUCGCAACGUCACCGAGCUGUACUUGGAUGGGAACCAGUUCAGUAUGGUGCCAAAGGAACUCUCCACCUUCAAGUACCUACAGCUUGUGGACCUGAGCAACAACAAGAUCAACUCCCUGACCAACUCCUCAUUCGCCAACAUGAGCCAACUCACCACUCUGAUUCUGAGCUACAACGCCCUGCGCUGUAUCCCCAACCUGGCAUUCAGCGGCCUGCGCUCCCUCCGCCUACUGUCUCUGCAUGGCAAUGACAUCUCAGAGCUCCCUGACGGCAUCUUCAGUGACGUGGCCUCCCUGUCACACCUGGCCAUUGGUGCGAACCCUCUGUACUGUGACUGCCGGCUGCGCUGGCUGUCCGACUGGGUGAAGACGGGCUACAAGGAGCCGGGCAUCGCCCGCUGUGCAGGCCCACUGGGACUAGAAGGCAAACUGCUGCUCACCACGCCUGCCAAGAAAUUCGAAUGCCAAGGUGAGGUGGACCCAAUGGUGCUGGCCAAGUGUAACCCGUGCCUGUCGGCCCCCUGCCUCAACAAGGGCAUCUGCCUCAGUGACCCCGUGGACAUCUACAAGUGCACCUGCGCAGACGGCUUCAAGGGUAAGAACUGUGAGACGGCCCUGAAUGCCUGUGUCAGCAACCCCUGUGCCAACGGAGGAACAUGCAGACUCAGUGGAGUGGAGGAUGAAACCUUCAGCUGUGCGUGCCCGGCUGGUUUCGAGGGCCCCACGUGCCAGGUGAACAUCGAUGACUGCGAGGAUAAUGACUGUGAGAACGGCGCCACCUGUGUGGACGGAGUCAACAACUACACCUGCCUCUGCCCACCUCUCUACACAGGGGAGAUGUGUGAGGAGAUGGAGGAUGUGUGUGCUCCCGGCCGCAACCCCUGCAAACACCAGGCUACCUGCCUCAUCAGCUCCACCGGCCCACAGUGUGUGUGUACUCCAGGCUAUGUGGGUGAUGACUGCAGCAUGGACUAUGAUGACUGCCAAGACCAUCGCUGCCAGAACGAGGCCCAGUGUGUGGACGAGCUGAACGGCUACUCCUGCUCAUGUAGAGAGGGCUACAGCGGGCAGCUGUGCGAGGUGCCCAUGUCUCCGCGCACGCUGUGCCAAAUGGCCGACUGCCAGAACGACGCGGUGUGCGUGGAGCGCUCGGGCCGCGCCAUCUGCCAGUGCCUGCCGGGCUUCGGCGGCCUGCGCUGCGAGAAGCUGGUCAGCGUCAACUUCAUCGACCGCGACUCCUACCUGCUCCUCAGCGACCUCAAGAACUGGCCCCAGGCUAACAUCACGCUGCAGGUGUCCACUGCGGAGGACAAUGGCAUCCUCCUGUAUAACGGAGACAAUGACCACAUCGCUGUGGAGCUGUACCAAGGUCACGUGAAGGUCAGCUACGACCCCGGCAACCAGCCCGCCAACGCCAUCUACAGUGCGGAAACCAUAAACGAUGGCCAGUUCCACACGGUGGAGCUGGUGACGUACGAGCAGAUGGUGAACCUGUCCAUCGACGGCGGCCUCCCCACCACUAUGGACAGCUUUGGCGGGGCGCGGCCCCUGAGCCGCGACGCGCUGCUAUACGUGGGGGGUAGGGGCCCUCUGCAGUCUCCUCCUCCUCUUCCCUCCACGCCAGGUAUGCCGGUGGACAUGUCCGCGGCCACCCUGGGCAUGUGGCAGCUCCAGAACGGCUCCAGUUUCCACGGCUGCAUCCAGAACCUGUACAUCAACAACGAGCUGCAGGACUUCACCAAGACCCAGAUGAAGCCCGGUGUGGUGCCCGGCUGCGAGCCCUGCCGCAAGCUCUACUGCCUGCACGGCAUAUGCCAGCCCAACGCCGCCCCCGGGCCCGUGUGCCACUGCCAGCCCGGCUGGAGCGGCCCACACUGCGACCAGCCCGCCGCCAACCCAUGCCAGGGCAGCAAGUGUGUGCAUGGCAAGUGCAUCCCUCUGGACCCGGAGUCGUACCGCUGUGAGUGCCAGGAGGGCUACCGCGGCGCUCUCUGCAACCAGCAGGGGGAGCUCUUCAACCCCUGCAAGAAGCUGACCUGCAAACAUGGCCGCUGCCAGAUCUCUGACACCGGCGACGCCUACUGCAACUGCGAGAGCGGCUACACCGGAGAGCUCUGCGACAGAGAGUCGGAGUGCCGGGGGGAGCCGAUGCGGGACUUCUACCAGGUGCAGCGCGGCUACGCCAUCUGCCAGACCACGCGGCAGGUGUCGUGGGUGGAGUGCAGCGGCUUCUGCGAGGCCGGGGCCUGCUGCGCCAGCCAGCGCAUGAAGCGCCGGAAAUACACCUUCGAGUGCAGCGACGGCACCACCUUCAGCGAGGAGGUGGAGAAGAGCAUCAAGUGCGGCUGCGUGGGCUGCAUGUAGGGGCGCCCGCAUCCAACCAACCACACGGGGGCGCCGGUCCACAUCUACUACUUUACUACACACACAAACAAACAACACCACAGAGCGGUAGAGAGCGAGCACGUCAGGGAAAGAGAGAUGAGAGGAGAGGAGGAGAGAAGGGGGGGGUGAAGAAAGAGAGACCGGACAAAAGAGAGAGAGGGAGAGAGAGCCAGUGCAAGAGAGUAUACAGAAAUAUAUAAAUAUAUAUAUAUAAAACCUCUAUCUAUAUAUUAUGGACAACAAUGUUUGUAUAAUAGAACAUUUUUUUUCCUCCUUUCUUCCCGACGGUGUACGGUGUCUGUGAGGCGGAACAAAAAAAUGUCACUGUCAUCAUCAAAAAGAACAAAAACAAAAAAACAAAACAAAAAAACAAAGAGAAAACAGACACCAUUGUAUGUGCAGCAUUGUAUCCAAGUUCAGGGGGAACUAGAGAGGUUGAUACGUUCAGAACAGGCGCCAUGUAAUUAGUCCCACACUCCUGGCCUGAGAUUUCAGCCCUUAUAACUCUGUUAGGCAUCCGUGAGAGCCUCUAUUGCCACCAUCAACCCCCCCUAGUUUGCUUCCUGGUAAGCAGUUUGUUGAGAUGGGAAACAGCGCCCUCUAGUGCGGUGGUAGAGUAAUAGCAGAUUGUUUUUGGACAGUGGAGAAGUGGUGGUAGAGGCCUUCUCUCUGGCUGCUCUGUUUGACGCGAUGAGGUCAAAGGUCAAGCUUAUGGAUAUGAAAGAUUUGAAUAUGUUUGUAUUUUCUUGGACUUAGGGAACCGUUUAGGGCCACAUCUCCUCUUCCUGAGUUUCAUUCAUAAGUUUCAGGCUUUUGUGGCUCAAGCAUACAUGUACGACAACAUUUAAUUCACCGCUUGACACACAUUGGGAAAAAAAACAUACAGCUGACAUACAUUUGUAAAUGUAAAGUACAACAUCUGCGCUGAGAAGGCACAUAUUAAACCACAAACACACACACACACACACACACACAGAUGGCUUCGGCUAAGCUGAGGCUUUUUUUGUACAGAGCGAGCGGAGAGACUGAACAAAAGACAUUGCGAUGCUUCAGUACGCAGGACCUUUUUGCAUGUGCCCCCAGCACGAUCCAAUCCAGUCCCAUCCUAUUCAAUGCUCUCCAGACUUUCCCAGCUCUCCAAAGCUGCCCACUCCUUCCCACACAUCCUAUCACCGCUGGGCCUACCCGCUUCGCUUGCCCACAACAUGCAGGCAGGCCGCCUGCUGUCCAUUGCCACCCGUCCCUCCCUCCCAUCCUCCCUCUGAAGUCCUGACAUUUACCUUAAACAGAGGCCGGGCUGCCCCAUAAGCCUCUGGCUCCACCACACCUCAAAGCACACUCAGCAUUGGGAGAAAGAAAGCAAGAGGCAGAGAGAUACAGAGAGGUCCAGAUGCCGGAGGAGGUCCAUUGGAUUCUGAAAUUCAUGCCGUUCGUCGUGACAACCAUGGCUUUCUACUCUUUCUUCCAUCUGUUCAUUUCUGGAACUGGUUUAGCGUGUCUUUGUUUUCUCCCUUGCACUGUCAUUCUUUCUUUUUUUUCAAACUCAAGUCUGUGCUGUAAUUGUUGUCAGAAUGUACAUGGACAGUUUGUUGAGAAGUAACACAUCACAAUGAGAAGAUGGGGGAAAAGAAAUCAGAAAAACAGUGAGUUCACGAGCAGACUUAACUCUACGCGCUGCCUCCGUCCAUGCUUUAAGCUUGGUGUCCUGCGUGCCCUCCCCAGGCCAGGCCAGAUCGCACCAGAGCCACCUGCCAGUGACUCUGCCCCACAUAGCGACAGACUGCAACGCUUGCUUGCUUGCUUCAUUUGUUUGUUUGGUUAUUUCUGCUGUGUUGUUGAUCUCUUAAGCAUGGCCUAAUGUUUGCCCUCUCCCAGCCCAGCCUCCGUCCACACAGUAAGCCCCCGAUGAGUUAAAGCCAACCCCUGAUGAGUUAUCCGAAGAAGGCUGGCCAUGCCAUGCCAUACCCGGGCUAGCCCAAGUGGGUUAGUUACUUCAAGCAUGUUGGCCAGGCCAUACCCGUGGUUAGUGCAGACUCAAAUGAUGUCUAGGGUUGACCUGCCAAGUGCUGCGAGGUGCUGUUCAGUAGGUCUAUUAUGGUAUGGGCUCUUUCCCAGUUUUUUGGCAGAUCUGCCUUCCUUAGUUCACUACUUGGUGAUGGAGGUUUCCCAUAUAUACUGUGGAGCUACUGUAGGUACAUUACAUUUGAAAGGUUUUGUUGUUUUAACAAUAAACUUAGAAUAGCCCCCUAUACUCCAAUCCCAAGCCCCAAAUGAAACACACACUCAGACAGACAACCAUGUGUGUAGCGAGAGCUGCUCUUUCUGAAGCGAGGUGGUGGUUCCAGCUGUGCUGUUAGCGUCCAGUGCUAUAUCCUUAUUCAUACAUACAGUAGUCCCAGCAUGCGUAGUCAUUGCCUUAGCAUUGGGCUUGUAUGUAAGCAACACUCCCUACUAUUCCCACCUCCAGCCCCAAGCCCAGUCCCUGACCCCAAGCCCUUAUGAGAGAGAGCAGCGAACCACUGCUCUGUCCCAAUGCCUGCAGUAUUACUAGUGCAAACUCCUGCAUGUUUGGAAGACCUUGCAAAUGGUUGUGUAGAGCUUUUUUAUUAUGAUAAGUAUAAUUAUUAUUAUUUCAGAAACAAACACUUCUAUUUCAAUUUCAGAUUUCAGUUUAGUUUUUAUCUAAUUUUGUUAUGAUUUUGUUGCGUUUUUUUAUUACUUUGAUUGUAUUUUUUGUUUCCUGAUGUAACCUAACUCCUUUAGCCCUCUCUUUAUACAGAAAUGCCUAACAGAUUCUAAUAUAUAUAUUUGUAUUUCAUUUUGGUAUAGUAUUUUUAUAUGUUAAAGAGUAAAUCUGUUUUCUGGAAGCGUCUGUGGACGAAGGAAGAAUGACACUUGGUAGGCUCCCUUAACCCCUCUGUUUGUUUAUUCAAACUGCUCAAACAAACUAGUUUGUAAUUGGCCAAAGCAAGGUAGCCAAUGGCUGACCUUGUUUUAUAGGAGGCAGUAUUGAUUUAGAAAAAAAAAAUGUUUAAUAUUGUAUAUGUUGUCUUCCAUGUGAAUAUUACAUCUAAUUCAUUUGAACGUCUGUGUUUUUUUAUUUAUUUUAUCUAAAGCCUUUCCUGAUGUAGAAUAUAUAAGGCAUAAUAUUUGUUGCCAGUUUUCAAUAAUAAUGAAAAAAAAAAGAUUGAGUAAAAAAUAAAUAAAAAUAAAGGUAAAAUAGUCAAAAAAGGGGGAAAGGCUGAAAGGUAUUGAUGAUGACAUCAUUAAUAGUCAGGAACUGACGUAAUUGGUUCUGGCGAACACAUUCCAUCCGCUCCACCCAAUAUGAGGCCUGGAAGAAGCCUUCAGAGGGUACACCAUACUGGGGACUACUAGUAGAGGAGAUGCUUUUGUUAAAUACUUCACUCUCUAUUGUUCCAAUGUAAGUAAUGAUGCUUGUUUAAAACUUAAGGUGACCAUCAGUCAUUUUCAUUUUAGUGAUAAAAGCAAGCCAUCAGCAGACAUACACGGUGAACACACACACACACACAGCUGCACAGAGCAAGUAAGGGGGUUUCCUUGUGUCUCCAUCCAAAAAAUAAUGGUCAUGCCUUUGCUCAUGGACUGUUAGGGAGUGUUUUUCUUUCACUGACGUCCAUUCAGUGACAUUCAUUUUGUGCAAACAUGACUCCUGUGGUUUGGCCCUGGCCUAUGGUGGGCCUGAAAAGCCCAGUGGUGUCAGCUGGCAGGCAGCUUGGCAAAGUACUUUCCACCAUGACAAAUAACAACAAACACCAAGGAAGGAGUCCUACACUUGUGAAGUGGUAACUUUAAGCAGUGUGUUUACUUUUCACUGUACAGUACAAUAGAUAUUACGUGGCCAGUUCUGAUUCUUUGACCUUUUUUUGUUGUCCUUGUUUCCUUCCAAGGUGGGAGGGAAGGGAGGGGAGGGGGGUCGUUAGGUGGUGACUGUUCCCAUUCUCUGCUGCUGUGUACUGGACAAUAUAAACGGACAAUUUUGCAGCCCUCAAAGAAGAAGAGAGCUUUGUCUUUUUGAAAUGGACGCAAGCUUGGCUCUGUUCAGUGGUGCCCACACCAUUCAUAGCGCGUCGCAUGUUCAUGAUAUACUUCCAUCUUUCUCGGGUGGGGGGAAUAUUAAAAAAAUACAAAAGAAAAGAGAAAAAAAGUCUUUAAUAAAGAGUCUGUCCUUCCUAGCCGCGCUCUACUUAGGCGGCUGGAUCUGAUUCUGUGUUCCAGAGCCGCUCGCAGCAUUCUAAGCUAUUUCCCAUGAACCAUGUAUUGUAAACGAUGCAGUGUCUGUUGUAUUGAACAAGUGAAAGAAAUGUUUACUGUUUGUUUCCUACCGAUGUGCUUCUGUUGCUUUCCUUUCGUGAGUCUCCAGGAUUUGAUGGUUAUAAUUGAUAAUUGCAGUAAUUCUGAAUGUAUGUAGUGCCACCAACAAAUGUUUACUGAAAAAAAAUCCACCCUUUUCAUUCAUUAAAAAAUAUGUGUGUGCUUUUACUGUGUCUCCUCUGACCAGUCUGUCAAACCUUGGCAUAAUGUGUUGAGGCUGACUGCAUGAAUCAUGCGGUGCAAUACUUUUUUUUUUUUUGAAGAUAUUUAGGGCUUUUGUGCCUUUAUUUGUGACAGGAUAGUGAGAGGGACAGGAAGUGAGUGGGGAGAGGGAGGCGGAGAACAGGACUGGCAAAUGAUGUUGCUGGAGGCCCCCCGGCAGACGACAAAUUUUGCAGAAGGCGACAAAAUUAUAUAGCCAGCAUCAUAAUUCCGAGCUAAGGUAUAAAGAACAUAUGUGCAGAUGAUUUUUUUUUUUCAAUACUACACUUGUCACGAUUCUGCAUACCCCCAUCUCCCCUUUUGGCCAGCCAGGGCCCCCCCGGGCAGGUGGGUGCCCCUAGGCUGCAGCCACAUCUAGCCUGUGCGUUAACCUGGCCCUGCACAAGGGAUAGUGUGUAUAAAGAGGCUUAUGCCUUUUUCUCCAGUCUCAGCAAAAGAAACAUCUCUAUAGAAGAGGUAAACAUCACCUUGAAAAUUUGAACGAGUUGAAUACGGUUUUUAUGGGGUUUCAUUGGUCAUGUUGAAACUUUUCCCUCAUAAAUGGGCAUCUGGAUGUAUACAAAAUGAAUACCCAGUACUGCAUAUGCUCUGCAUUGAAUAGACUAUUCAC